AUGACGAGGUUCAGAGGCUGCAUCGACAUCCACGCGGGCCAGGUCAAGCAGAUCGUCGGCGGCUCGCUCACGGCCGACGACACGCACCAUUCGGCCGACACCAAAGAAAACUUCGUCUCCACCAAGCCCUCUUCGCACUACGCCCGGCUCUACCAGGCGCGUGGCGUGGAAGGCUGCCACGUGAUCAAGCUCGGCUCCAACCCGGCCAACGACGAGGCGGCACGGCUCGCCUGUGCCACGUGGCCCGGCCAUUUGCAAGUCGGGGGCGGCAUCACCGACGACAAUGCGCUCACGUGGCUCGACACGUACCACGCGUCCCACGUGAUUGUGACCAGCUGGCUCUUUUCCAAAACUGCCGCGGGCCAGACUGUGCUCGACUGGCAAAAGCUCGCGCGGCUUUCGGAGCGUGUCGGCAAAACACGCUUGAUUGUAGACUUGAGCUGUCGAGAAGUCGCGGGUGCCCAGCAAAAAAAAUGGGUCGUUUCCAUCAACAAGUGGCAGACGCUCACGGACAGCGAGCUCGGGCCGGACUUCUUGGCGGCCGUGGCCGACUAUUGUGACGAGUUCCUCAUCCAUGCGGCCGACGUGGAGGGUCUUUGCAAGGGCAUUGACGAGGACCUCGUGGCCAGCUUGGGCAGGUGGUGUCCCCCGGGGUUCGCCGGCAAAAUCGUGUAUGCGGGCGGCGCCAAGCUGGUGUCAGACUUGGCCUUGGUGGACAGGCUCAGCGCCGGCAAGGUGGACUUGACUUUUGGCAGUGCGCUCGAUAUCUUUGGCGGCGACUUGGUCAAGUUCGAGGACGUGGUGCGCUGGGGCAGAACGUAA